CCAAAAGAUCAACCUGUUAGGGACCCUCAACAAGCUGCCUUGAAUUCUCAACGUAAAAAAGAGGAAAAAAAGAGAAGAAAUGCACAAAUUUAUGCUAAAUUAGCUACAAUCUGUUCAGAAGGUGAUCCAAGUAAAAAAUAUAGAAAUCUUGUUAAAAUUGGUCAAGGUGCUUCAGGUGGUGUUUAUACAGCUUAUGAAGUUGGUUCUAACCUAAGUGUUGCUAUAAAACAAAUGAAUUUGGAACAACAACCUAAAAAGGAAUUGAUCAUUAAUGAAAUUUUAGUGAUGAAAGGUAGUAGACAUAAAAAUAUUGUGAAUUUUAUUGAUUCUUAUUUAUUAAGAGGUGAUUUAUGGGUUGUUAUGGAAUAUAUGGAGGGUGGUUCAUUAACUGAUGUUGUUACUCAUAGUGUUAUGACUGAAGGGCAAAUUGGUGCAGUUUCAAGAGAAACUUUAAAAGGUUUAAAAUUUUUACAUUCAAAAGGUGUUAUCCAUAGAGAUAUUAAAAGUGAUAAUAUUUUGUUAUCAAUGAAUGGUGAUAUUAAAUUGACAGAUUUUGGAUUUUGUGCCCAGAUUAAUGAAGUUAAUUUGAAAAGAACAACAAUGGUUGGUACACCAUAUUGGAUGGCACCUGAAGUUGUUUCAAGAAAAGAAUAUGGUCCAAAAGUUGAUAUUUGGUCUUUAGGUAUUAUGAUUAUAGAAAUGAUUGAAGGUGAACCACCAUAUUUAAAUGAAACUCCAUUAAGAGCUUUAUAUUUAAUUGCAACAAAUGGUACACCAAAUUUAAAAGAUCCAGAAUCUUUAACUGAAAUUAUGAGAAAUUUUUUGAGCUGGACUUUACAGGUUGAUCCUGAAAAAAGAGGUACUGCUACUGAAUUAUUAGAAGAUCCAUUCAUCUUACAAGCUGAUGAUGUUAGUUCUUUAUCACCUUUGGUUAAAUUAGCAAGGAUGAAAAAAAUGGCUGAGAAAUCUGAUGAAGAAUGA